AUGGCUGAUGCAGGCCCUUUAACGUAUGUUCUAUGCCAAACUGCAUGUAACGCGGGAUGGGUCUCGUGUUAUGCUGCCGCAGGAUUAGUAGCAGGAACUGUAACUGGAGGCCUUGGUGCACCAGCUGCCGCGAUUCUGUGUAAUGUGGGGCAAGGUGCUUGUAUGGCGGCUUGUGCCGCGUCUUUUUUGGCUCCAACACCUCCAUUUUAUAUUUGGACUAUUAUUUUAUUUUCGUCAUCAAAUAUACUCUCAGAACGACAAGAUCAUCAGAGAUUUUCUGACCAAAACGGGCGUGCUCGCCCUUAUAUUUCAGCCACAUGCAAAGCUGAUCCCUGA